AUGCCAUUGACGACCACGUACCAUCGGGAGAAUGGCCGGGUAUUCAAGAAUACUACUCUACGCCAGGACGUGCACGUUUCUCUCGGCGGCUCAAAACUUCGCCUCAAAAUCUCCAAUUCAUUCAAUGAAAAUGACCUAUCCAUCACGGCCGUCACAGUUGCUUUCCCCGACGACUCAAGAAUUGGGGGUUCAGCCAUCAAACCCGACACGGUGCACACUGUGACUUUUUCCGGGGAAGAGUCCGUCACCGUUCCUCCCAACGGCUUAGAAACCUCUGACCCCAUCGAUCUCUCUGUGGACAACGACUCCAACCUGACAGUGUCAAUGUUCUACCUCUCCGCCGUCGACGUCCUAGCCCCCUAUGCCGCAUCCACCCUCGUCAUAAUCGGCGACAGCAUCACAGACGGCAAGGGCAGCACGCUGAACGGAAACAACAGAUGGCCAGACCAACUCUUCCCGAUCCUCCAAUCCGCGCCCUCCACCAACACCCUCGCCAUCGCCAACCGCGGCAUCGACGGCAACCGCGUGCUCCGCAACGGCGUCGGCCCGCGCGCCCUCGACCGCUUCGGCAGCGACGUCGGCGCCACGUCCAGCGUCGGCGCGCUGCUCAUCUACGAGGGCAUCAACGACAUCCGGUCCUCCUCCUCUUCCUCCAACGACUCCGACGACUCCGACGACCCAAACACGACCAACAACACCGCCACCGCCCUCAUCCGCGCCUACACGCAGCUGCUCGACCGCGCGCGCGCGCACGACGUCCCGCGCGUCUACAUCGCGACGCUGGCGCCGUUCGGCGGGACGGAAGGGUGGAACGACGCGCAGGAGGCGGCGCGGCAGCGGGUGAAUCGGUGGAUAAGGCGGAACGAAGCGGGGUUCGAUGCGGUGGUGGAUUUUGAUGCGGUGCUGCGUGGCGGGAAGAAGGGAGGGAUGGCAGGGACGGGGCCGAGGAUGGGGAUGCAGGGGGCAGCAGGAGCAGGGCAGAAGGGGACGGCGGGGCAGGCGCUGAGGCCCGGGUAUAGUAGUGAUAAGUUGCAUCCGAAUGUGGCGGGGUAUGAGGCGAUGGCGCGGGCGGUGGCGGGGGAGGCGUUUGGGUUGGGUUGGUGA